AUGUAUACGUUUUUCCAAGUGGACCAACGGUGUAAGGAGUGCUGUGAGCGAUGUGUGGGCAGUCUGCCCUGGGCCUCUCUCAUUGCCACCAUUCUCCUCUACAUGGGCGUGGCCUUGUUCUGUGGGUGUGGCCACGAGGCUUUGAGCGGCACUGUCAGCAUUCUGCAGAACUAUUUUGAAGUCAUCAGAGCCCCGGGAGAAACACUGGAUGUGUUUAUGAUUAUUGACAUCCUGAAGUAUACCAUCUAUGGCCUUGCAGCUGGAUUCUUUGUAUUUGGAGUCCUGUUACUCGUGGAGGGUUUUUUCACGACUGGAGCAAUUAGGGAUCUCUAUGGAGAGUUCAAGAUCACUGCCUGCGGACGCUGCCUGACUGCAUUCCUCAUGUUCCUGGCCUACCUGUUCUUCCUGGUGUGUCUUGGAGUGACAGCAUUCACCAGCCUGCCAGUCUUCAUGUAUUUCAACGUUUGGUCCAUGUGUCAGAACACCAGCUUGCUGGAGGGAGCCAACCUCUGCCUGGACCUGCGUCAGUUCGGAGCAGUGACCAUCUCUGAGGAGAAGAAGGUGUGUACAGGAUCUGAAAAGUUCUCCAAGAUGUGUGAAUCUAAUGAGCUGGACUUGACCUUCCAUCUGUUUGUUUGCGCCCUGGCAGGAGCAGGAGCUGCUGUCAUUGCCAUGGUCCAUUUCCUGAUGGCUCUAGCUGCUAACUGGGGCUACCUGAAGGACACCAGCCGGAUGCAGAAGUACGAGGACAUCAAGUCGAAGGAGGAACAGGAGCUGCAUGACAUCCAUUCCACACGCUCAAAAGAACGCCUUAAUGCCUACACAUAA